GAGGUGAGAGCUGGCAAUGUGGAGGCCCAUGCAAACAGACUGGCGAGGCUGCAGCAAGAGUCUGCCUGGGAAUCAGAUUCCUGGAAGAAAUAUUCUACUCCAAAACCAAGGAUUAUAAGGAAUACUAAAAAUCAGAUACUCCUGGCCCAAGUCGACCACUCGAACUGUGAGGGACAUUUUGUGCCACUUUACGAUGACGAGGUAAAAACAAAAGAUGGUGUUAAUUUUAUGAUCUACACAUACAAGGACACAAAUCCCAGAAGUGGAAUCCCAGUAUCAUUUCAAGUGCAGAAAAACAACAUUACUUAUCACAUGUGCUGCAUUGAACAAAAUGGUAUCAAGACGCUUCAGUUCAAGGAAGGUGGAACUCCUGAUUUUAUAGAUGGAAGCAAAAGCAAAAUCAUAUUCUUUGAGAAAGCACUUUCUAGAGGAUUGAAUAAUUUGAGAAUGUUUGAAUCAGCUUUCUAUGAAAAUCAAUACCUAGCAUUUGAAGAAGUGGACAGGAGACACAACAUACUAACUCUGAAGGAAAUAGACAAAAUGGAUGAAAUAAGAGAAGAUGCAGCUUUUUAUGCCGUUUCCACCAGUGAAUAAUGCAUGAUGAUAACAACUUCCAACAUCCAAAACAAGAGACUUAAGCAGUUUUGAAUACUGAAACAUAUUUCCUAAUGUACUGAUCAUUUCUGUCAUAACUGAAAGUGGCACAAUUUGUGUGGGUUGGUUUUCCUUGUCUAAUUCUAUUAUCUUUAUUGUAACAAAAUAGCUUGUGGUGGUUGUUUUCCCUCUGCCUAAUUUUAUUAUUUUCAUUGUAACAAAGUAGCUUGCAGUGCCAUGUAGGAUGACUCCCUAUUGAAAUGUUAGUACUCUAAAUGCUGAGAGCCAACAAGUUGAAAAAAAAAGAUUGAAAACAUAGGAGAAGAGCAAAUUUCUAAAAUCAUUCUUCUUUAAACUUCUUUUUGCCCCUCCUAUCCCCUGAACUUAUAUGUACUAACUCAGAGAUCGCCAUACCUUGGAGAAGAGGGAAUAUUCCAAGAAAUGGCAUCUCUGACUUAGUAUAUUUAAAUCUGAAUCUUUCAGCCAAUCAGUCUCCAUAUUUCAGGACUUGCUGUAGUGUAUCCCAACUUUUCAAAUGGUUAACAUAUAGGACUGUGUAGAGCCGAUUUUGGAAGUUUUCCAGCAUAU